UCGCGCUCUUAGCAGCAAACAGAAAUUUCUAGAUUUGUUCCUCCAGCGCGACUGCCGCAGCGCAGGGUAGCCAAACUUUCGAUUUUCCCUUCGGCGAACAGACACGCGCUAGAGCUUGGACAUAACAGACGCUACGGCCGACCGCUGGUUUGUUACCACCAGAAGCACUCACAAGAGGAAAAAAGCUGGUGCAGCCAUCUUGCUUUAAAAUUUUGUGUGUGUACAGUGCGCCCAAAGUGAAAAAGAAUCAUUUCGGUAAAAGUGUUUCAACAAAGGUAGACAAAACACUAUCGAGACUUGAUUUGCUUUAAGCAAGAGAGGACAUAAUGGGUGAUUAUCAUCAUGAUUCACUUGGUACGGCUCAGAUCGAUCUGGGAGGCAAUCCGGGAUUGGUGUUGCGGCGUCCUUUCGAUCCGACGGCUCACGAUUUGGAAGCUUCGUUCCGAUUGACUCGUUUUGCCGAUCUAAAAGGACGAGGAUGCAAAGUACCGAAAGAUGUUUUGGAAAAAUUGGUCUCGUCGCUGCAACAAGAUUACACCCAAGAUCCGGAAGCGCAGUAUUUAUCUAUGUCUUCGCCACGAAUUGGAAUCGGCUUGGAUUGUUCCGUCAUUCCUCUUCGCCAUGGUGGUCUCUGUAUGGUUCAAACAACGGAUUUCUUUUACCCUAUUGUUGACGAUCCGUACAUGAUGGGCAAAAUUGCGUGUGCGAAUGUUUUGAGUGAUUUAUACGCGAUGGGAGUAACCGAAUGCGACAAUAUGCUGAUGCUGCUGGCUGUUAGCACAAAGAUGACGGAAAAAGAACGCGAUGUUGUCAUACCACUCAUAAUGAGAGGAUUCAAGGAUUCUGCGUUGGAAGCCGGCACUUCUGUUACGGGCGGUCAAAGUGUGGUCAAUCCAUGGUGUACAAUUGGCGGAGUUGCAACGACUAUUUGCCAGCAAAAUGAAUUCAUCGUACCGGACAAUGCUGUUGUGGGUGAUGUGCUAGUGUUGACCAAAGCCCUCGGAACGCAGGUGGCCGUCAAUGCACAUCAGUGGCUGGAUCAGUCGGAGCGUUGGAAUCGUAUCAAGUUGGUAGUGUCGGAAGAGGAUGUUCGCAAAGCCUAUCACCGUGCCAUGGACUCGAUGUCGAGAUUAAAUCGAAUUGCAGCACGCUUGAUGCACAAAUAUAAUGCCCACGGUUCAACGGAUGUCACAGGCUUUGGAUUGCUUGGACAUGCACAAACACUUGCAUCACACCAGAAGAACGAAGUUUCAUUCGUAAUCCACAAUCUACCAGUAAUCGCCAAAAUGGCAGCAGUGGCAAAAGCUUGUGGUAAUAUGUUCCAGCUGCUGCAAGGCCAUUCCGCAGAAACAUCGGGAGGAUUGCUGAUUUGUUUGCCCCGUGAGCAAGCUGCAGCUUAUUGUAAAGAUAUCGAGAAGCAAGAAGGCUGUCAGGCAUGGAUUAUUGGCAUUGUCGAGAAAGGCAAUCGCACAGCGCGCAUUAUCGACAAGCCACGAGUGAUUGAAGUUCCCGCCAAGGAGUAAGUCUACACAAAGUACAUCGUGAUUGUUCCCUGCCCUUUUGAUGAAUGAAUUAAUUGGGGAGCAAAUUCUGUAUAAUCUUUCAACAUUUCCAUGAAUGCAGAAAAAAGUCAUCGGAGUUUAACAGAAUUGACAUUCGGCCACCACAAAGAGCAUAAUUAAGCGAUGUGUUACAAGCAUUAGAUAUAAGAACGAUUUUACUAUGUCCAAUAUUUUAAGAGUAGGCGAUGAUGCAUUGAUAAACCGGAUUCUGUUUACGUUGAAUGCCAGGAAGACUCAACGUGACAAAUACAGCCGACAAUUUUUCGUUUUAUGAAAAAGAAGGAUUAACUAUCAAAAUUGUUUUCCGAAUCGCAAUUAGGAUAUUCUCAAGAAAUCUGUAGAUUGCAAAAAAUAAUAAAAAAUGUGCUAAUUUAUUAUCGGAGAAAAUUAUAAUUCAUACAUUUAGUAGGCGUGGAACCAGACGGUUUAUCUUCGCUCCACGUUCUCACCACCAUCCUUUUCAAUUGUUCCAUGCAGGAGGGUGAUUUCUCAAGUUUUCGGGAAACUACUGCCGUCACUCCUACGCAUAAAGCCGGCAGCAUACGUAACGUUGAAAAAGUAUCGUGGCAUCUCUAUUUCGAUUUGCUCGGGAAGUCUCAUCCAUGAUUCGCCUUAUCCGCAUAUGCUUCGGAUCAUUUCCGAGCACCAGCAUGGAUUAGUUGAAUGGUAUGCCAUUCAAGUGAUAUUGAUGCAAUACUAAACCGGUGUGAAUUUGAAGGAAUGAAGGUCCAUUUAAGAAAAUGUAAUACAAUCUAUUUCUGUCGAACGAGAAAUACGCAAUCCUGCCGUUUGCAGUUUUCUUUCGGUUUUGAAAUAGGAUAAGUUAGACUCUGUACGAUUAAUUCAAAGGCAAGAAAAUAAAACAACAACGUAAUGAUGUGAGAUUUCACGCUACUUUCACAUUCUUCCAUCCAUUUUCAAUAUGACAACAUGCGGUCAGGUCAAAUAAAUAGUUAAUUAUUAGCUGUUAUAGUUGAAAAUAUAACAGUUGGUUUUCAUUUCUUAAUAAUUUUCAAACAAUUUAAUCGAUUUUUAUUUGUGGAAAUGCGAAAUCAUGCAAAUAUCAUUUCCUUCGCUACAUGUUAUUUAUCACAUAUUUAUCGUUUACAAUUUGAAAUGAUCUUGAGGUUAUAUUUAUCCGAGUUGACGGCAUUGAGCUUCGUGGUUGACGAAUAUGGUAAUCGAUUUUCAGGUGGAAUAAAUAGGGUAGAUAGGGGCAAUAUGGUCCCCCUAAGAACGAAACGUCCUAAAACACGUAGAAAUGUUUAUAAAUUAUGUUACAUGUUAAACUCUCACGAUUUGAAACCUUAUUGAUCGAUGUAAAUUGUAUGAAUAUACUUUAAAAAAGAUUUAUGUGGAAAAUUUACACUUUUAAAAAUGUGUUCCAUUUCCGUCGAUUGAAAGCACUACGGGGCAAAAUAGUCCACCAUGUGGGGUAAUAUGACCUUGUUAGUUGAUUCAAUCUUAAAACGAAAGUUUAUUCUAUUUUGCAACCAUCACGUAUAUUUCAUUGGGUUUCAAUCAGUUAGCAUGUACAAAAUAUAACAAUGUGAUCAAAGUGAUUGGACUGCAAUUUUUCGUUACUCAAAGCAAAAACAUAGAAUAUCUGUGCCGUUAUGUACCCAAUAUUGGCAUGGAUAGCGUUGGAUCCAUCCAUCGUCGCCCGUAGAGGAACUGAAUUGUGCCGACAGUAGCAACAUAGGGAGUCCUGUGGAAGAUAUGAUCUAUGAUCGUUAUUCCGCACUCAGCGCUCAGCUGAAGUUAUAGCGCUUUUCUGCCUUUUUUCCCGCAGAAUAUUAUAUGUUUUCACGACAGAGCGAGAAUAUUGCUCUGUCGUGAAAACAUUACCAAAUGAUCCGUGCAGCUGGAGAUGCAAAGGAUCUGCACAAUGUAAAUAACGUUCAAGUGUUUUCCGCGGGACAUAAUGCACUAAGAAUGCAUGUCACACUGACGUAACACUCUUCACCGCUUCGAUUGCCGCGAGCCGUUCUGUGACCACUUUUUACGAUCGGAUGUUCUGGUAUAAUUCCGCACCAUGAUUCCACAUCUAACUAUUUCCAACUAUGUUUACAAAUGUUGACAGCUGUAUUUACAGGUUAUGUUGAAAAACACAUGGUGUUACUGCCCCAAGCACGUAUAGCCAUUCCGCCCCGUACAUUUACUCUCAAUAAAAAUGAACUGAUCUUUUACAUCAAACGGCAAAGCAGUACAAUAAAUCAGUGUAAAUGUUCAGAAAUAAUGCCAGUACGAAUUGAUAUAAAGAGCAGAGUCAUAAAUUUCAGUAUGAAGCGUACAGAGCUAUUUUUUGUAGACUGCUUUUCAUAUAUGGUUUUCGUCAUAAUCAAUCAGUGUGAGGUUCGUUACAAUAUCUUUAUAAAACAAUUGAAUUCGUAUACGGUUUUCAAGGAGAUACUUAAUAAGUAUAUUUCUAACACAAUUGUUUAAAAAUUAGUGCUAUUGGUUCAAUAGAAAGCUCAAACGAAGAAUGAUCCAUUUCGCCCCGUUUUGUCAUAUUGCCCCUAUCUGCCCUACACCCUGAAAAUAGAAAAUAUGAAUGAAAAUUUUCUUUUUCGUAUCGAAUAAGUAACACUUUCUUUUCGCAAAUUGUGUCUGAAAAUUUAUUUUUUAUAUUUAUUUUUUAUAUUUUUCUAAGGGUAUGUUCAGUAGGAUUCGGCAAUUCUCAUUUCUUUAUUCAGUAGGGAAAAUCGGGGAAAACCGACACUGUGAGUAAAACCGACACCCCCUAAUUUUUUUCAGUUAGAAGCCAGAGUACAUUUAUGACAAGGUAGUCUGGACCGACCAGUGCAUCAAUAGUAGUGAGGCUGUGACGUGUUAGCUUUGCAAGUAUCAUGGGACGUUAUUAUAAAUUUGUCUGAAUAAAUUUGUUUCUAUGGUAUUUUAGCCUAA